AUGUCAUGUAACGCUAAACAAAACUAUUUAGCUAAGUACAAAUCUUCAGAGAAAGAGGAAGCGGUUUUGCAAGGCGGAAGGGCUGAAUUUCUUAUCAGAGCCGGAGCAGGGCAGCCCCAAGAGACCCCGUUUCUACUGCUAUCCGCCAAAAAAAAAUAUGCACCGGAGGUAUUAUCAACCGCCUUUCUCAUGCCUGUCCCUACGUUAUGA